AUGAUGUUGCUAGCGAUAGAAAAACCACCCAAAGGUAAAAGUAACAAAGAACCUUCCAAACAACAAGAAAAAUCAAAAGACAAAAACAAACAACAGGAAGAAAAGAAAAUAAACAAACAUCAAAAAGAACAAGACAAUCUGAACAAAGAAAAUAAAGAAAAGAAAAUAAACAAGAAUUUAAAAAGUAGUGAAUCAUGGUUCUGUCAUGUAUGUAAUGAAGACCGCCAGGCUGAUAUGAGAUUAUGUCUUGCAUGUGGCCAAUACAUGCAUGAAGAGUGUGUGGGUCUUACUAAACAUGAUAAGGAUAAAUUCAUAUGCCCCAAUUGUUCUCAAGAAUAG